GGUUUGAGCUCAGGAUCACUUGACCUCUGAGCCACAUCCCUGGCCCUAUUUUUUGGAUUUUAUUUAGAGACACAGUCUCACUGAGUUGUUUAACAUCUUGCUUUUUGCCUGAGGCUGGCUUUGAACUCUCAUGGGAUUACAGAAAUGCACCCCCACCCCCAGCCCAGCCUAGAUCAAGGUUUUGAAGCUGGAAGAAAUCUAGAGAAGAACAUUUGCUGAUCUCCUUUCUGGUUUUCUGUUCUUUCCUGUAAAUCCAUACAGAUGGAUUAUUUUAGUGUUUCUCAUGGUGAAAUUGGGCUGUUGCAUGAGAAUCAUCGGGCACUUGUUAAAAUGCUGGUUCUUAGUUCCUAUGCUAUGAAUUUAACCCAGCAGGUCUGCAGCAGCUUUCUGGAAUCUUGUUUUUUACACGUAUCCCAGGUGAAUGUGGUACACAAAGGUUGUGACUCCCAGAGCUAGAUGUAAUCUAUUCCUCUCAGCAAUAAGUUUCUUCAGUCCUGUCUCCAUUUGAUGGAAGAGACUGAAUGUGAAGUAAUUUGCCCAAGGUCCUGCAUCUUGAAGGCCAGAGAACCUGGUCUCCUGCCUCCUAGAGCAGAAUCUUUGUACUGCACCUUUGGCUCAGAUCCAGGAAGACAGGAGAGACAAAGAGGGGUGAGGUGGGUGAAGAACUGUGAAGCAAGAAUCAUUGUCCCUGCCCUCCAAGCCCCCUUCUCCAUUCACUUUGCCUUUGGGCAAUUUCCGCCAAACCUGGGUGGGGGAGGGUGGGUUUCCGGUGUUGAAAUGGCAUCCUGGACAGACAUAAACACCCCACCCACUCUGCCCACUGGCCAAGGGCCUGUGCCUACAUGGACUCCCAGCUCUGGGGAUGGCACUAUAAUAAGGGGGUGGAGACAGGACUCAGGGAGAUCCUCUUUCAAAAGAAUAAUUUGUACUUUCCACCAAUUUUAUAGUUAAGUCCAAGAGUAAAUUCCUUAUUAAAUAGUUGUGAUGGUCAAUCCUUGCGGUGGGUGGAUGAGGUUAACCAGUCCUAUCCUCUGUCCUAUAAAUUUCCUUUACUCUAGCCUGCUUCUCUUCUAUGUGGCGGUGGUUGUAAUGGUGGUGGUGUGUAAACCUAGGCAUGCCGUGUCUGGCCUCAGAGAUCAGAAAUCCCCUGCUAAAUCUACUUCUCUUGCUGAAGUCAAGGAGAACAGAUGCAGUGUCAGGGAAUAGGAAGGUAGGACCAGGAAAGGGACUGACAGAGAGAAGACAAACAGAGAUAAGGGUUUUCUGAGGAUUUUAAGCUGUCAAGCAGAAAGGGACCUCCGAGUUCAACUUGUCUAACUUCUUAGUUUUAUAAAUGAGAAAAGAACAGGCUCUGGAUAGGAGUGUAGUACUCAAAGGUCUAAAGAGGUAUUCCCCAGCAGGGCAUGGUGGUGCACACCUGUAAUCCCAGCGAUACAGGAGGAUGAGGCAGGAGGAUCGCAAGUUUGAAGCCAGCCUCAGCAAUUUAUCAAGGCCCUAAGCAACUUAAUGAGAUUCUGUCUCAAAAAAAAAAAAAAAAAAAAAAAAAGGCCUGGGGAUGUAGUUCAGUGGUAAAGUGCUCCUGGGUUCAAUUUUCAACUUCUGGUACAGGGAAAAAAAGAGAGAGAGAGAGAGAGAGAGAGAUAGAUAUUGCCCAGAAGAGAAAAGGGACUGAGACACCACAGAAAGAACUGACUGAAGUAGACUGCCAAUAGAGGCCCAGAGUAUGAAGACCCAGAAAUGAUACUGGGAGGCCUUAUGGAUGAGCAGAGUCAGGUUCCAGAUCAUAUCCUGUCAUUUUUCAGCUUGGAUCAAAGACCUUAUAGGAUCUGUGGAAAUCUUUUCUUUUUCUUUUUUUUUUUUUUUUUUUUUACUUGGGAUUGAGCCCAGGGGCUCUUUAACACUGAGCCACACCCCCAGCCCUUAAUAUUUUAUUUUCAGACAGAGUUUUGCUAAGUUGUUGAUGAUCUUCUUGCUUCAGCUUCCCUAGUCACUGGGAUUUCAGGUGUGUGCUACUGCAUCUAACUGUGAAAAUCAAUCUUAUAAACUAAUAAUGCUUGUAAAGCACUGGAACAGUUCUUUUUCUUUUCUCUCUCUCUCUCUCUCUCUCUCUCUCUCUCUCUCUCUCUCUCUCUCUCGUUGAGACAGGGUUUUGGCCAGUUACUAAUGGUCUCACUAGGAUGACGAGGCUUGCCUUGAACUUGUGAUCCUCCUGCUUUAGCCUCCCAAGUUGCUAGGAUUAAGUGAGUGUACCACUAUGCUUGGCUUAGGACAGUUUUGACAAGGACUUAAUAAGUCUUUGCUGUGGUUGUCAUAUUACCUCGGAAGAGGAAAGACCCCUGUUUAUGUGAGUUAGGGUAUGGCCAAAAUGACCCUAUGGGGACACAGGGAAGAGGUCCAGGGUCUCGAGAACCCAUUCCUUUUUUUGCCUCUGCUGCCUGCGGCUGAUAAACCUCUUAUCUGGCCCAGGCAGGGGAGCCCAGGGUCAGGAUAGGAGGAGAGGGCAGGGCUGCUAUCAGCCACCAGGCCUGGGCCCUAUCAGAGAAGGGGAGGGGCUGUCUGCACUUCCCAAACACUCCUUGGGGAUCCCCCACUUACUCUCAGGAAGAAAAGACUGAGACCCAAAAACUGAAGACACAGGAGGAAAGCUGGGGUGACUCCUGAUAUUUCUUCCCAAGAUGGAAAACCAAACCAAGUUUAAGAAGUUCAGAAGAUCUGACCCUGUCUCUGGCCAGGAAUAUAAUUUUGGAGAGUGAGAAGUAGGGCAAGGAGAAAGCACCUUGUUUGAAAAAAAGGUAAAAGUUUACUGCGCUCCUCCUAAGGGAACUGCCAUGGCCAUGGUAGCUGCGAUGGAGAUCACAUCACACAAAAGGACCUUCCAGUUUAAGAGUCCAACAUGAGUGCGCCGGCAAGGUCUCCCUCCCCUCAGGUUGUGGAGGCCCUUCGGGCUUUGGGGGACCCUGGCCCAGAUCCUGGCCCAGUAGGAUGCCCCCGUGUCCUCCCCAGCAGAGCAGGAACAGGGUGACACAGCUGCCUACUGUGGAGCUGGGCGAGAUGGAACUGACUUGGCAAGAGAUCAUGUCCAUUGCUGAGCUGCAGGGUCUAAAUGCUCCAAGUGAGCCAUCCUUUGAGCUCCAAGCCCAGGCCCCAUACCCUGGACCUCCACCACCCCCAACCUACUGUCCCUGUUCAAUCCACCCAGAUCCAGGUUUUCUACUUCCUCCACCACCUUAUGAGCUCCCAGCAUCUGUGACUCAUGUUCCAGAAGACCCCCCAUACUCCUAUGGCAACAUGGCCAUUCCAGUCUCUAAGCCACUGACCCUUUCAGGCUUGCUCAGUGAGCCCCUCCCAGACCCCUUAACCCUUCUAGACAUUGGGCUGCCAGCGGGGCCACCCAAGCCCCAAGAGGACCCAGAAUCAGACUCAGGAUUAUCCCUCAACUACAGUGAUGCUGAAUCUCUUGAGCUGGAGGGGACAGAGGCUGGCCGGCGGCGGAAUGAGUGUGUAGAGAUGUAUCCAGUGGAGUACCCUUACUCACUUAUGUCCAACUCUAUGGCCCACCCCAACUAUGCCUUGCCCUCUGCUGAGACCCCCAUGGCCUUAGAGCCCUCCUCAGGCCCGGUGCGCACUAAGCCUACUGCACGGGGUGAGGCAGGAAGUCGGGAUGAGCGUCGGGCUCUGGCCAUGAAGAUUCCCUUUCCUACAGAAAAGAUUGUCAACUUGCCGGUAGAUGACUUUAAUGAGCUGUUGGCACGGUAUCCGUUGACUGAAAGCCAGCUGGCACUAGUUCGGGACAUCCGACGUCGGGGCAAGAACAAGGUGGCUGCCCAGAACUGUCGUAAGAGAAAGCUGGAAACCAUUGUGCAGUUGGAACGAGAGCUGGAACGGCUGGGCAAUGAAAGGGAGAGGCUUCUCAGGGCCCGGGGAGAGGCAGACCGUACCCUAGAGGUCAUGCGCCAACAGCUGGCAGAGCUGUAUUGUGACAUUUUCCAGCACCUUCGGGAUGAAUCUGGCAACAGCUACUCCCCUGAUGAGUAUGCUCUGCAACAGGCUGCAGAUGGGACCAUCUUCCUGGUGCCCCGGGGAACCAAGAUGGAGGCUACAGAUUGAACUGGCUCAGAGAAGGGGACUGAUAAAGGGAACCUUGAGAUCCAGAAGACACUGAGUUCAUUAGAACUAAAGAAGGGGGAACCCUGGCAUUUGGAAGCUACAAGUUAUGUUUGAAGAGGUUUGCCUUGCCUGGGGAUGCAGCUGUGGAAGAUGAUUUGUUUGCUUGCAUAGCAUGCUUAGCAAGUACAAAACCCUGGGUUUAAUCUUCUGCACUGCAAACAAACAAACAAAAACAGGGGGGGGGGUUUUGAGGGUGGGGAAGGAGCUUAGCUUCUCAGGCCUCCAACCUCCACCUCUAGACUUUGGACUAUAAAAAGUUCUGCAGAAAUAGCUUUCCACCGUUUUCUUUCUUGAGGGACCUGGGCACUCCCUAUGACACUGCUUGUUGGGGUGGGGAGGGAAGCCUAGGUAUUUAUCUAUCUUCAUCCCCCUUUAAGAGACAGGGAUAAUGGAUGAUCUGAGGAACCCCUCUCUCUCUGAAGACCCAUUAAUAAAGUUGGGAGAGGUGCCAAAACUGGAUGGGCCCUCCAUGCAAGAUUCCUGAUGUUUAGAUACUGGGGAUUUAAUCCAGGGGUGCUUUACACCCCCAUCCCUAGUCCUUUUUAUUUAUUUUUGAGAGGCUCUCACUAAAUUGCUGAGGCUAGCCUUGAAUUUGCAAUCCUCCAAACUGCUGGGAUUACAGGUGUGUGCCACCAAGACCUGUUUCAUUAGAUCUCUCUUCUACCUGUGGAGCACAAAAAAGCCCACAGGCUUUUUUCUUUCUGCUUCUCAGCUUUGGUCAUGAUGUGCCAGAGCUCUCAGAAAACUGAGUGAACUGUUGUUCUUGAUUGGAAUGAAUUCAAUUACAUACCAAAGUUUCAGAGCAUUUCAUACCGAAGCACUGGUAAAACCUAGUCUAAAGUGAAGUAAAAUGUGCACUCUCAUAAAAUCUUUGGACAUAUUAGAUAAUUACUACCCAAUUCUUGUUUUGGGGCCUGGGCCCUCUUCAAGAUCUUGAAAAUCUUUUAUUAGCCUUGUCUCACAAAACUCCAGGAUAUAAUAAACUAAGUUUUAGAUUUUUUAGUCACAUCAAAGUUUAAUCAAACGCUUUAACACCAUAUAAUCUCUUUGCUUGGGGUUUGGUGCCUAUCUCCUCCAUCACUGAAUCAUAUCACUUCCCUUCUGCAGUGUUUUACCUCCAUCCUACCAUACCAUUUUACAAACUCCAUCCCAACAGGGAAAACACACUUCCAGUAGAACCCCAAUGCUUACAGAUUCUGAAACACAUGGUCUCUAGCCUAGGUUUAAGGAAUAAAAGCCUAAAGCUUCUUUGCACCCCACCACUGUGAUCCUCCUGUCUCAGCCUGCCCAGCUGCUGGGAUUACAGGCAUGCACCACACCUGACCCACCUUUUUUGUCAGGGGAAGGGUACUGGGUAUUGAACUCAGGGCCACUUAAUCACUGAGCUACAGACUCAGCCCUAUUUGUAUUUUACUUAGAGACAGGGUCUCACCGAGUCACUUAGUGCUUCACUUUUGCUGGGGCUGGCUUUGAACUUGAAAUUCUCUUGCCUCAGCAUCCUGAGCUGGUGGAUUACACUUUUGUGCCGAAUAGGCUCCAUGCCUCCUAUUUCUAACAGGUUUGAAGAUAUUCCCACAUUUCAAGUUGUAAAGAGCAGGGCCUUAGACUAGCUGCUUAGAAAAAGCCUUCCCAUGAUCACAUUCUAAUGGGGUAAGGCAAUAGUGUACUUUUUUUGAUACAUGGUAAUCUGCAAAAGUUGGAAGUUAUCUGGAUUAUAUGAUCCAAGUGGUUAUAGGAACUUGAAUAAGAUACCAAAUCUAUUUCCUCAUGUGAAAAAUAUGGAAUUUGCCAGGUGUGGUGGUACACACACCUGUAGUCCCAGCAGUUCUAGAGGCUAAGACAGAAUAUUGAAUUUAAAGACAGCCUCAGCAACUCAGUGAGGCCCUAAGCAACUCAGUAAGGACCUGUUUCUUAAAAUAUAAAAAAGGGUUAGGGAUGUGGCUCAGGGGCUAAAGGCUUCCAAGUUCAAUCCCCAGUACCAAAAAUGGGGAAUUUACUUUCAUAAUCUUGUCUAAGUAGAAUAUGAUAAAACUCACUUUUCAAUUUCAAUAGGAAUUAUUUUAGUGAACUACAGGAUCAUAGAAUUCUUUCCCUCCAUAUAACUGUCCAAAAGAUGCCUUUUAGCAAAUCCAAGUCAAAAACAGAUCCCUGACACCACUCUUAAAACAUGUAAGGGUGGAAGACUCUCACCAUGAAGUAUUUCAGAGUAACAUAGCCAUGAACAGAGGAAAAAUUUCCCCCUAAUUCUUUGCUAAAAAUUUAGGGCAGAAAUGGCACUGUGUAAAAUGAUCUUACCAAGUUGCUCAGGCUGGCCUCCAACUUGUGAUACUAUUGUCUUAGCCUCUGGAAUUGUUAGAAUUAGGCAUGAGCCACCAUGCCAAGCUUCGUUUUAUUCAUCACCUUUGACUUUUGAGAUGGGUCUUUUGUUGCAUAGGCUAGCCUCAAAAUCAUGUUCCUGUUUCAAUCUCCCAAAUAGCUACAAUUGCAGACAUCAUGUCAUACCUUUAAGAAACUCUUUCCUUUCAUAUUCAGUUCAUUUCUUACCCUUGGAAUGAGAAUUUUAAAUCUGAGGUAUCUGGCCAACAAGUACAACUUGUUAAUCAAAGAUGAGUUCUAUCAUGCUUCUUCCUCUCCAUGAUAGGCACACAGCUCCCAAAAGAGAUUCAUUAAACCCAGUGGCAGGUGUUAAGCUUAUAUAACUUGACCUUUCCUUGGCAGGGGAGCUAGAAACACAUGCUCCAGUAGAGUGAAGUAAACGUUAUUUCUAUUGGGUCAUAUUAUCCCCACUGUGCUUUUUUGGCUUUUACUAAACCAUGACUCAGUGAGUAUGAACCAUAAUGUAUCCCAAACAUAUAAGCUUAAGGGUACAGAACAGCAGCAAAGUAUCUGUAUAGCAUGCUGAAGGCCCAGGAUUCAAUUCCCAGCACAAAACAAAGAACCAGAGUAUUAGAACCACUUCAGGAACUCAAUUCGAACAGGAAACAAGAUUUCAUUUUAAGCAUCUAUGUUGUUUUUCUGGCUUACCACCAGACAACUAGUGUAAAUCACUAAAACCCCUAUAACCUAUUCACCAAUUUGAAAUGGUUUCAAAGAUUGCAGCAUCAGGUCAUUUACUUUUACUAUUAACAAAGAGGAACAAGAAACAAAGCUAAAAAAAAAAAGAAAACAACCAACAACAACCCAGUUUAUUAGAAAAGUCACUCACAAAAUUGAAUGAUUACAGAUCUGCAAAGCAGCUAAAAACCAACUGCAUGGCAGUGAGAAUGAAGUACAUUGACUAAGAUAAAGGUUGUCCUCACAAGGAUGUUCCUGCAGAAAGAAAAAGAUUAUCAGUAUUUACGUAAGCAGAGUAGAAAGAUUCUAUGACUGUAUCUACUCAUUAUGAUAACACUUAGUUGUUCUAAUAAUUCUGCUGACUACAAACAAUCCAACAUUAUGAAAUAUUUUUGUUUUGAUCUGAGGUGCAACAUCUCAUUCUUUGGAAAUGGUAAGUGCUGAUUGUUAAAACUUACCUUUAGCAAUGAACUUGGACAGAAGUUUCUGGCCGUUUUUUUUAAUCGAGCUGAUAAGCCUGUAGUAGCAGAUUCCUCCUAGAAAAGUAAACAACCUUUUAGAACAAACUCUUUUCUGAGACCAUGUCCCAUCUUCGUUAUACCUCCCACCUCCCAUUAAACAGCCCACCCAACCUCCCACCAUUUUGGGGAAAGGAUUCUAGUCAUUACUUUGAGCCACUGUUUUAAGGAAACGAGUGAAAGGAAGGUAAUAAGUGAAUAAUUUAUAGGGCAAAAAUAUACCUUCACAAUAGAAAUAAUUUAAUGUGCUCACUUCCUUCAAUUGGGAGUCAACAAAGAGCAGGGUAUUAAGAAUUCAUCUCCAGAAAAACCAAUUGCAGCUUAACUGGACUAGUUUUGGCUCAAUUUAUUAAGGAGAAUGCAACAGAAAACUGGAUUUUAGAUAACUAAUGGAUGUAAGUAAAAUCUGUUCUUACCUACCAGCAUAGCAAUAAAACCUUUCCUCCUGGUUCUGACUGCUAGUCCUAAGAGUCAGGUGUGCCUUA